CUGUCUGCCUCUCGAAGGCGCGCCUCCCCGCACAACUUUCUGAAGGAUUUCCGCGGCGAUCGAGUGUCCACGUCUUCGCCUUGUUGCUGGUUGGUUCGAAUAGUCUGGUUCUGACUGGGUGGACGGACUGCUGAUCCUUAGACUUAUAUAGUCCCUCCCUUACCCACUUCGCCUCCCCUCGUUCUAGACACCAACUUCAUCCUCAGAAUCACCUCUACACUCUCUCCCUCGUCCACCAUGUCUAAAUUUCGUUCGCAACGCAAGCGAUCGCCUUCCAUCUCUGAUGAUGAUGCUUGGAAGGUCGACCAUCCAUUUGGCCCGCCUCGUACUUCGUCCUUCGCGGGCGGUGGUAUCCGACGACUUCGCGAUACCUUAUCGAAACUCUCCCCAUCCUCCCUUGCAGAAAAAGAACUUCUCAAGGAACAGAAUCGAUACAAAAUUCCGUUGACAGAGAGAAACGUCGACACCUUCGUUACUGAGCAGGAGUGCACGGAUGCCUGUUAUCCUGAUCAGCAUUCCAGGGAGUUGACCGUCUCUGCAUGGCUUGAACGACUCUCUUAA